CAAGAGCUGCUGCUGUUUAGUGUAAACAGACGCUUGCAGCAGGAAAUAAGAUGUAUGUGGGCAGGGUACGGCCGAGCCACCACCUGGUCUCCUGUCGGGUCACCUGAGCAGGAAUCAAAAUUCACUUCAUUACUGGCUGCCGGGGGAGUCAUGUUGGAGGAAAAGGAGCAGACAGGAGCCUCCUGGGAGCACCUGCCACUACCUGGUGAGUAUCCUGAGCCACAUAUAGAGGACAAAGCUUCGCUGAACACAGAGGAAGAGGAGGAUGCCUCUGCUGCCACCACAGAGGAAGGAGUCAAAGAUCAGUCAGCAAAGAGCAGCCCCAACCUGCUGCAGAUGUUAAAGGCAGCUGAGAGCAGGUGGACGCCUCAGGGACGGCAAGAAAACGGGGAAGAGGCGUCCGAGACGGGAGAGCGAGUGACUGAAGCUCGGAAGACUGACAUGCAGAUACAGCUCACCGACCAGAAGCAAGAAUUCAACAAGCGUCCCACCAAGACCGGCCGUCGCUCUCUGUCGCACUCCAUCUCACAGUCCUCCACAGACAGCUACAGUUCAGUGGGCAGCGACAGCUCAGAGGAUGAGUCCUCUCCCAGAGACAAGGCUCAGAAAACCUCCAAGGGCUUCUCUGACUUCUGCAUCAAAAACAUCAAACAGGUCGAUUUCGGACGCAGAGAAAUAGAGAUCGCGCAGCAAGAAAUGCCAGCUCUGAUGGUCCUGAGGAAACGAGCAGGAGGGGAGAAACCUCUGGCCGGAGCCAAAGUGCUGGGCUGCACACACAUCACUGCACAGACGGCGGUGCUGAUUGAAACUCUCAUUGUGUUGGGGGCUCAGUGUCGCUGGGCGGCCUGUAACAUCUUCUCCACCCAGAACGCUGUGGCUGCUGCUCUGGCUGAACGAGGCAUCCCGGUGUUUGCGUGGAGAGGAGAAUCAGAGGACGACUUCUGGUGGUGUAUUGACAGAUGUGCGGGUGGGAACACCUGGCAGCCCAACAUGAUUCUGGAUGACGGAGGCGACCUGACCCACUGGAUCUAUAAGAAGCACCCGAGCCUGUUCAAGAGGCUCAGAGGCAUCGUGGAGGAGAGUGUUACAGGCAUCUAUCGGUUGUACCAGCUGUCAAAGGCGGGCAAGCUGUGUGUCCCGGCCAUGAACGUCAACGACUCGGUGACCAAGCAGAAAUUUGACAACCUCUACUGCUGCAAGGAGUCCAUACUGGACGGGUUGAAGCGGACCACUGACGUCAUGUUUGGAGGGAAACAGGUGGUGGUGUGCGGGUAUGGUGAGGUCGGCAAAGGCUGCUGUGCCGCCCUGAAAGCGUUGGGUGCCAUCGUGUACGUCACAGAAGUGGAUCCCAUUUGUGCCCUUCAGGCCUGCAUGGACGGCUUCAGAGUGAUUAAACUGAGUGAAGUGGUCAGACAGGUAGACGUGGUCAUCACCUGCACAGGCAAUAAGAACGUGGUGGUGAGAGAACAUCUGGACCGAAUGAAGAAUGGCUGCAUCGUCUGCAACAUGGGGCACUCCAGCACCGAGAUAGACCUGGCGAGUCUGCGGACCACAGAGCUGAGGUGGGAGCGCGUGAGGCCUCAGGUGGACCACGUGAUCUGGCCGGAUGGGAAGAGAAUCGUCCUGCUCGCUGAAGGUCGUUUGCUGAACCUGAGCUGCUCCACGGUGCCGUCGCUCGUCCUCUCCAUCACCGCCACAACUCAGGCGAUGGCUCUCAUAGAGCUGUACAGCGCUCCAGAGGGACGAUACAAACAGGACGUCUACCUGCUGCCAAAGAAGAUGGAUGAAUUUGUGGCCAGUCUUCACCUGCUGACGCUUGAUGCUCACGUCACAGAGCUGACUGACGAACAGGCCAAGUACCUGGGCAUCAGCAAGCACGGGCCCUUCAAACCCAACUACUACAGGUAUUAACCCCCAGGAGAUACAGCUGAGCGACAGACGCUCUUCAGACGCCUCUUAUGGAUUUCACAUCCUGCAGACUCUGAUGCCCUCUGCAGUCUGAAUCAGUUUCAUGGAGAGUCGUCGGCUCGCUUCUCUC